UUUGCAUCCCCAAUCCCCCCUCGCGCGCAUCUCGUCGUCGACCCCCGAUCCGAACGGAGCAGGAGGACGAGGAGCAGCGCGCGGCAAUGACGAUGAUGGCGCCGCAGCCGCAUCCCCUGCCGCUGGCGCAGCCGACGCUGGCGGCGGCCGCGGCGUUCGGGGACACCACGCUGACCAAGGUGUUCGUGGGCGGGCUGGCGUGGGAGACCCACAAGGACACGCUCCGCGAGCACUUCGAGCGCUACGGCGACAUCCUCGAGGCCGUCAUCAUCUCCGACAAGCUCACCGGCCGCUCCAAGGGCUACGGCUUCGUGACGUUCAAAGAGGCGGACGCGGCGAAGAAGGCGUGCGAGGAUGCCACCCCCGUCAUCAACGGCCGCCGCGCCAACUGCAACUUGGCCUCCCUCGGCGCCAAGCCGCGGCCCCAGCCGCCGCACCUCCUCCGCCCCUCGCCGCCGGCCACCCCGGCGCCGCACGCGCACGCGCCAGCGCUCCCGUCCCCGCACCAGCCCGCGCCAGCCAUCGCAUUGGGGUCCAGGGGCGUCUCGCCGGUGCCGUGGUACUACCACCCCUCCACGACGCCGCCGCCGGCGGCGGCCGCGCACUACGCCCACGGCGCGCACCAGCAGUACCACGGCGUGCUCCCCUUCUACCCCGCCGCCACCACCUACGGGUACUCGCCGAACUACGUCGCUGACCUGAGCUACAACGCGAAGCUAGGCCAUGCGGCGGCCGCCGGCACGCCCGGGUCCUACCUGCAGGGGCACUUCACGUACCCUGCGGCGGCGCAGGGAGGCAUGGUGGCGCCCAACGGCAUGAUGCCGGUGUACCCGUUCUACCACUACCAGUACCACGGCUCGCAGGGGCUGGGCGUCCCCGCCGCGCACUUCUUCCCGCCGGCCUCCGCGGCCGCCGCCGUCCCGGCCAUCAUCUCCAAGCCCACUGUCAUGGCGCCUCCUCCCAAAGUGGAGCAGGUGACGGGUUGCAGCUGAAGGCGCGCGCACGCGCGCGCGGUGGUGAUGGCUGGCUGGGUGGCGACGGUGAGCGGCGGCGCAAUGGAAGGGGGAAGGAGGCCAAAGGUGCUCUGGUGGGUUUAACAAAGCUGCGCGUGAAGGGGUGUCGUCCGUCUGGUCUGUCGGGGGCCCGAAGCGAAGGCCGUCGCACUGCGUUCGUUCAGUUCCCUCUGUCUCUAACUCUCGUCGUGUGGGGGAGCGCGACCACCGGCAAGGUAGAAACCCAAAAAAGGAACAAAAAAAAAUCUGUAACAAAUGAUUCGAUUCGUCUCUCGUUUACCACCGUAUUUUUCCAAUGGUAAACCCGUUACCAGUGUCUGUAGUAGUCCGACCGCUGCAGGGGGCAGUGAACCUCGAUCAAUAAUAAUGAUGUCGUAAUCUUUCGUCGUCAUCC